GAGAGACGUCAUUCAUGGUUCAUGGGUAGAGUGGGCAAAUGGAUGAAGACAAUGUAGAGGGAUGUUAGUUGGAGAGGUAUACAUUACAGAGGACAUCUGCUUGGAUUGACAUUGUUUUGGACCUAUUUGAAUGCAACAGAAACAUUUGGGAUUGGAAUGCCAUUUUUGAAAUAUGGGGCAAUGAUGACAGAUUAAUAUUACCAUAAUGAGGAAACAAACUACGGGCCUGAUAUAAAAGCUCUGUGAAAUGACCUGCUGACACAGAUAAAGAAGAUUCUGUGAAUCCUGGAUACUCCAGUUUAGUUGAUCACUGUUAGGCAGAUGCUGUUCAAAGCAGAGAUGAGUGCUCGGAAGUGUUGGAGGAUUCCUGCCAUACUUACUAUCCUACAGCAAACAUGGAUUUUAGCCAUGGAAAUUCCUCCUGAUGUCAGGCAGCCUCCGAUGAUCAUUAAAGAGAGUCCUCAAGACCACAUAGUAGAUCCAGUUGACCCUAUUAUAGUAGAGUGUGAAGCAACAGGGAAUCCACCUCCAGUCUUCACAUGGACACGUAAUGGAGUGUACCUGAAUGUGGCUCGAGAUCCUCAGGUCAGCAUGAGGUGGCGUUCUGGCACAUUAGAGAUUUUCUUCUGGGGUCGUCCUGAUGACUAUGAGGGUGUCUAUCAGUGCACGGCGACUAAUGAGUUUGGCUCUGCUCUGUCCAGUUACAUCAGUCUGCGUGUCUCCAAGGCCCGUACGUGGUUGAAGGAGUAUCUUGAGCCAGUCUCAGUGGUGGUUGGACUUCCUCUCAUCCUUCCCUGCAAUCCUCCUGUAGGUCCUCCAAAACCUGACACUUACUGGCUGAACAGCACCAUGGUAUCAAUCCGUCAGGAUCGUCGCGUAUCAAAGGCAGAGAAUGGAGAUCUGUACUUCUCCAGUAUCGUAGCAGAAGACGCUUUUACAAACUAUGUCUGUGUCGCGCGCUUCCCCUUCACGAACACCAUCCAGCAGAAACCGCCCCUCAUCCUGCAGGUGCUCACAGCUCGCAUGGCAGCCCAUACGGCACCCAAGUUUCUGAAACCCAAAGGAACCACCAGCACAACCAUUGCGAUGCUGGGCGAAGAGCUCAUUUUGGAGUGUUUUGCUGCUGGAGUUCCGACUCCCUCCAUCAAAUGGACUAAAGAUUGGGAGGAGAUGUCCAUGACGGGAAAGAAGUUGGAGAACUUUAAUAAGACUCUUAGAAUAAAGAACAUCUCUUUGGAUGAUGGAGGAGACUACAUCUGCAGCGCUUCAAAUAGGAUGGGCAGCCUGGACCACGUCAUCACUGUCAGGGUCAAAUCGGUUCCGUUCUGGGCGGAGAAGCCCGAGAGUCUGGUUUUGUCACGUGAUGACAGUGGUAGUAUAGUGUGUAGAGCUGAUGGAAUUCCUCGACCCCAGAUGCAGUGGCUGGUUAAUGGAGAGCCAAUCAGUGAUGCUCCUAAGAGUCCAGGCAGACAGGUUUCAGGAGACACUUUGAUGUUCAGGGCUGUGGUCCCAGACAGCGCUGCUGUGUUCCAAUGCAACGCUUCAAACCAGUAUGGCUAUAUCAUGGCAAACGCUUUCUUGGCUGUAAUGGAUAUGAAACCUCGACUGCUUGUUCCCAGAGAUGAACUCAUUAAAACAACAGAAGGCAAUAAUACUCAUUUAGACUGCCCAUAUUUUGGCUCUCCUAAACCUGAUCUGCGGUGGUCAAAAGGAGGACUAGGUACCUUAGAGGGAAGUCGUCAUAUGAUUCUUCCAAAUGGUACAUUGGAAAUCAGAAACACAAAGCUACAAGAUCAAGGAAGCUAUGUGUGUGUUGCAAGCAAUGUCAUUGGACGAGAUGAGAAGGAGGUCCAACUAGAGGUCAAAGAGCCCAUUAAAAUUGUCCGUGCCCCACACAAUACUGUAGUCAUAAGAGGAAGUCUGGCUCACUUUGAUUGUAAGAUUAAAUUUGACCCGACUCUGGAUGUCACCGUCACUUGGCUUAAAGACAAGAAGUUCUUGAUCUUAGGAAGGAGGAUGACAAAGGACGAGGAUUCUCUGAGCAUUGCUGAUGUGUACAGACGAGAUGAAGGCGCCUACACCUGCAGGGUUAAAAGUGAACUGGAGGAGGUCACUGCCUCAGCCAAACUCACUGUGAUGGAUCGUCCAGACCCGCCCAGUGACCUAGAGAUAUCAGACCCAUCAGAGAGGAGCGUUAGACUCACCUGGAUACCAGGACUAAGCAACCACAGUCCUAUUAAAGAGUACAUGGUUCAAUUUACUGAAGAUCUCCUUGCAGACUAUUGGCUGCUGCCAAGCAGCUGGAAGAACCUGUCCAGCUACCCAGGGAGCCUAAACUCUGUCAUUUUACAGCUGACACCAUUUGUAGAGUACAGAUUCCGGGUCAUUGCUGUAAACGGUAUAGGUCCCAGUAAACCCAGCUGGCCAUCUGAAUACUACCAGACUGGAGGAGCUGUGCCUGAUGCCAUCCCAAGAAACAUCCAAGGAAUGGGAAGUGGAGUGUUCAGAAAUAACAUGGAAAUCAGCUGGGAGCCACUGGAGUACAGAGAAUGGAAUGGGCCGAAACUGGGCUACAUGGUUUGGUGGAGACGAAGGGAUUCAAGGGAGGAGUGGAAGAACUACACAACAUACUGGUGGUGUAGCUACAUCAUCUAUGACACUGACACUUUCACGCCCUAUGAGAUUAAAGUUCAGGCCGUCAACUUCUUCGGCUAUGGCCCAGAAUCCCCUAUUGUGCUUGGCUACUCUGGGGAGGACCGUCCAGUUGCUGCUCCAUCUGACCUGAGCGUGUCAGACAUUGAGAGCACAAAGCUGACAGUCCAUUGGGAUCCAGUGGCACGAGCUGACAUCAUGGGUGAUAUAAAAGAGUACAAAGUUUAUUACUGGAGAGAAAGCAGUCGUCUGCCCUGGCACAUUGUUAGCAGGAGGAUUAAGACCAAGAGUUUUAAAGCUAAUGGACCUCGCCUGUCUGGGACCCUGACCGGUCUUGUACCAUAUAGUAACUACAGAAUGUAUAUUGUAGUGGCCAAUAACCGCUACGAGGAAAAGAUAACACGAGUGUCCACAAUGCCCUAUACCAGACGUGAGGAAGAAAGUCGACAGGGACGCAGUCAAGGUGUGAUCGAGCACAUUGGCAGGAGAACGAACAGUGACGACAGCCUCAUGGAGUACGGUGAGGGUGAAGAGAUCGAGUUUAAUGAGGAUGGCUCUUUCAUUGGCGAGUACACGGGCGUCAGUAAGAGGACCAUCGACACAAGCCCGUACCAUGACAGCUCUGAGCCCACGUCUCCUGUGGCCAUCUACUCUUUUGCUUAGAGCUCAUGGUGGGAUGCCCACAGUGUCCCAUUGAACCAACUUUACACAGACGGACUUGACCUCAAAACACACAACACAAGAUUAUGAUCUGUUUGACCUGUCGGACAGGCUGCAAAUGAUGUGUAGAGGUAUGUUUUAAAGGUAAACCAGUGUUUCUGGUGAUUUACAGUAAAAGUACCAAUCAGUGUUUUUCAAAUCCACAAAUCAUGCGAGAGGGAGUCAAGCAAAGAUGUCUUGAUGUGUUUAUCAUGUUGAUAAGAAGACUGAAAAGAAACGGCUGAUAGAAGCUUGAUUUGCUGAACAAGCUUAUGUUCAUUUUAUAAAAUAACAUUCAGUAUCAUUUCACACCGAUUUACUUACACAGACAUAUGAAGAGAUGUUGAGCAUCAAUAACUCCCACAAUGCCUUGUUGUUUAACCAGUGUUUGAUGUCACUGAUAGUUGCUACUAGUUCUUGUGUAUUUUGUUUUUCAAUAGCACCGUUUUUACUUGUAUUUUUGUGUAUUUGCUGUACUGUAGGUCACAUUAAUGGACUACAAACCACUUAUUCUCACACAAAACACAAUCUAACCCUUUGCUUCAUAUUAUAGUAUGAUGUACAUGAUGGCUUUUGUAUUUUUUUUUCAGACUGUUAAGAGUACUAUCAUAAAUGUAGUAGUGCUUCAGUUAUUAAAGUGCAUCAAGUGAAUUAAUGCCUUUGUGGUAACUGAAGUAAAGGUCAUAAUAGGUCACAGUGACCAGGGCCUAUCAAGCUCCAAAAAGAGCAAAAACAAGUGAUAAAAGCACCAUAAAAUGGUCUGUAUGAAUCAUUCACUGUAUCUUCCAAGCAG